AUGGUGGACCGCAUGCCAGUAGAGGAGGGUUGGGUGUACGGCCAGAAACCGAAGGAUCCGGAGGCGCCACCGGAUCUCGAAAGUCUUUUUGAAGCGGCUGGGGUACCAGACAAGCUUACAAACGGGCAGCCACCCUUUUCUCCUGAAUGGUAUGCAGGGGCGAAAGAGAGGCAGAGGGUCCGCGAUGCGGAGAUCGAGAAGAUCAUGAGCCAGCGCAAUGAUGUCCGUCACCAAUGGGCAGAGUUGAUGUGGACCGACCUGUCAGUGUGGCGGGACAGAAUCGACUACACAGGCGGGGAAGACAGGCCAGCUGUGAGCACCGUUGAUCGGUUCGCUUCGUGCAUGAUCCCUGCAGAUGAUGUUGCCCGUUUCCAAGAGAUCCAGGAGAUUGCCGCGAAGGCGCUCACGCAGAGCCAGGACUGUCUCACAUGGCAUGCAACAUGCCACGGCUUGUGCCAGGCCGGUGUCCGACAGGGUCAGGUCAGGAAGCACUUGGUCGAGGCCAAGGAGCAGAUGAUGGACAUCGAGGCCCAGACAUCGCCGUCCUCACCUUCCCUUCGUCGGCUAAGACUUCUUUUAUUGGUGCAGGGCAAGGUUCGCUUGAAGGAGGAGGAAGACGAGGCUGCCGAAAAGGAUCGCCUCGAAAAGAAGCGUCUGGCAGAGAAGCGCCGCCGUCGUGCCGAGAGAGCUUUGAAAAGAAACGAAGCUCUGCUGCUUGGUGAGGAUCCUCCGCCACUAGUCGAAGACUCAGAAGAAGAAGGCCUUCAGCCUGAAGACGAUCCCAAGGCAGUGCAAGCUCAGCUUCAAGGCUCUGUUGUGCUUUGCUACUUCUGCGUUGCUUGCCGGAGCAGGAUCUGA